GGACUAUGUUUGCUUAAACACGUUAAUAUUUCGGUAUUAACCCUUGAUCGUUUCUGCGUGGAUCAAAUAUCCGCCGUUCUAUAGGAUCCGGUGGGGGGUGGGGAGGUCAAGCGUUGACAGAUUUUUGUUUGCGUACGUACUAAAUGGAUGGCCCCUAUUGUAGAGCGUUACAUAUUGACAACAUACUGACUUUUGCGCGUGAUUCUUAUUCUGCAUGUUUAUGAUACGGCGCUACUGCAUUUCGUCGUGCUGGUGAUGAUACAGUACUGUACUCUUGCUAAGAUAGCCGUGGUUGUCCAAUGUAUAUCCUGGUCUCGCCAUGGGAAUGUGGAAUUUCCGCCGUUGCUUCGGGGCCUCCGGCAAAUAUGAGCGCCGAAGCGUGUUCAUGUGAGCGGAGAGACCACCAACUCUCUGACUUUAGUACUCUACCUCAUUGCUGAAAUCGCACAGUUACAGUCCAUUUGUAAUGAGCCACGAUCAAUCAUCCACUGCUGGAUGAAGGCCUCUCCCCAAGCCGUAACCGUCUCACGAUCCUGCGAUGUUAACCAUUCGGCAUCUGCACACAAAGUCGAUUUCAUCGCUGCAUCUCCAAGGUGGUUGUGCUUUGGCUGCCACUCCCUUCAUUAGUUGUUUGGUCCACUCCCGCUACUAUUGUUUGACUAGCGUACGUUCUGUAAUCCACGUCUUCCUCAUUCUGCAUGGCAGUGCAAUUCUAAGCCGUCAAUACUAGUACUUGAUUUCUUGCGGACAAUCCACUUGACGUACACUACUUGCCUACUCCAGGACGUAGUGGCUUUACACUGCAUACUAUACUCGAGUUGUAUGUCAAGAGCAAGCCAAAGUAAAGUGUCUCUUUGCUCAAUUAUGUGAGUUUUAUGUGGCACUCACAUCUGCUGUCAGUCCUGUGCCAGUUUUGGAAAUUCCACAUUCCUAUGGUAGACACCAGACUUUUUUUUAUCAGGAUUACCACUGUUUACUUUCCACAGUGACGGGCAUUAAUAGUUGGAGAAAGCGAAUACUAGAUUGACAUAAAUACAAUUUUGGUACGUUAAAUAAAUGUAUUUAACACCAUUCUGUUCAUAACCUUUAUUUAGCCUGCGUGCCAUUUUCAUUGGUGACAUUGAUGUCACAGCACAGAUUUAAAAACAUUUCCAUUCACAACUAUAAGAGAGCAGUGCAUCGCUUUGUAUCAGCGAAUAAAACCUGGAAGACAUCAAAUAACUACUUUUAAUUGCCUUCAGUGGGCCUCAUCAAUACAAGGUGGCACUUAUAAAAUUCAUCACAUGUCAGCCAAACUGCCUUUUUUGGCCUCAGUGCUGAGAUAUGUAAAAUAAAUUGAACAAAAAUAGCAUUACUUGUGCAGUCGAUUGUGACUAAAACCCUGACCAACUGAAUAAACGUGAGACAAUGAUUGAGCAAUAGGUAGGUAAAUCACGGAAAGGAACCCAGAAUAGUAGUCGUGAUGGCUCAACGCCCUAACUUACUACCGAGCUGAGCCACUCGGCCACUUUACCAGAAAUGGUCUGUUAAGAAGUAAUAAAAUAAUGAUUGAAAAAAUAUAUCGUAUAUGCUUUAUCUUCUCUCCAGACAGAUGGAUUACGAAGAUUUGGAAGAAGCCAUUGAACGUGAGCUACGAUUAAUCAAUGUGCCACUGGAGGAGUUGGAAGGCAAUGAUUCUGAAGAGGACCAAGCUGAAAUUGCUUGCAUUGAACCUGAAGAGGAAGCCCUGCCUGACACAGUGCUCAUGUACAUGGAAAGAGUGAAGAGCAGAGCUGAGGAUGCAGAAGACAUCUACAAUAAGUUGCACGAGGAGGAGCCCUACCUGAACAACUGGGCUCCAGUUUCAUUUAAGUCUCACAUAUUACUUGAGGAAUUAGCCAAGGAAUAUGGUGAAGAUCCUGAGGUCCUAAAGAAAAGGGUUUUGUCGGAAUUGGAGGAAUAUGAACGGCAGAGCUGUGAAGAGGCAUCAGAAGAAUGUGACUCUUCAUUGCCCCCUGCUGCUGGGAAAGAGGACAUUAGUGGCCGCGAAACAGAUGCUGAUGUGUUCCUAAAUAUUAAGGGACAUACCAGUGCCGGGACGGAUUCUAUAGCGGAGACGGCAGGUGCCAGCGAGGAGGCGAAGAGACUCGUGGGAGCCGGUGGCAGAGCCCACGGGCAGCCUGAACACGAGCAGCACCGCCGCGCGAGACAGGAGCAGGACGAGCAGGAAGAGAUGGACUUGCAGCGGCAGCGGCUGCUCCAACAAGCAAAGGUGGAAGAAGUAGAACGUGAAAAUCAAAAGUCAUUUGAAGCGGAAAUGAGAAACUAUGAGGCUGAAAUUGCGCGCUUUCAGGAACAAAUUGAUCAUGAGAAGAAAGAACUUGAGCAGAGGCUUGCGAAAGACAGACAAGAACAACUCGACAGGCAGCAGCCCGCAGCACUCAAGAUCCAGGCCCUAUUCAAAGCCUACAGAACACGGAAAAUAUACGCGCCCUUGAUAGCAGCAAGACGAGAAGAGCUCAGGAAAGAAAAAGAACUUGCUCUCAGAAGGGAAAAGGAGGAGCGGGACAGACGAGAAAGGCUGCAGAGGGAAGAGGAGGAGCGGAAGAGAAAGGAGGAAGAACGGCGACGAAAAGAAGAAGAGGAGAUGAAGCAAAGGCAGGCGGCGGAGAAAAGAAGGCUUGACGAGGCCGAGAGAAGGAGGAUGGAGUAUGAGAGACAGAAGGAGGAAGAGCGGAAGAGGCUGGAAGAAGAGCGCUUGCGAAUAGAGAUGGAGAGAUUGCAGCGAGAAGAAGUGAAAAGGAGGGAAGGCGAACGGCGCAAGUUGGAGGAGGAACAAGAACGGCAGCGAGAAGAGGAAAAGAGAAAACGAGAUGAUGAAGAAGAAGAAGCAGCGAACAGAAGGAAACGAGAAGAAGUAAAGGGAAAACAGGAAGAAAAGAGAAGGAAAAGAGAAGAAAGAAAGCAAAAACAGGACGAGGAAGAGGAGAGGAGGAAACGGGAAGAGGAGGAGGAGAGAAUGCGAGCAAACGAGAAAGAAGAAGAAAUCAAGAAGCUAGAAGGAGAGAAAAUAAAAUGUAAAAAUCACGAACCAGAGCAAAGCAUCUCUGAGGCAGAGCAACUGGAAAGUCCAACGCAAGCAAAGCGGUGCACACCACAAGAAAGUGCGAUGAGCAUUGAUGUGAAGUGCAUGGAUGUGAAGGAAGGAUAUAGAUCAAACAGAGAACAAGUAAUGAAAAAAGGACGGAUAAUUGAUACAACCGCGGUCUUGCAACCUUGCAAGAAGGAUUUGAGCAUUACCCCAGAUGAAGAAGUAACUACAUCCGAGCACAUGGACAUCCCACAACGCAACAUUGAUGGAAAGUUAACUUUAGUUGAACACCAAGGGGAGAUGCAAAGCUACGCUUCUAGCUGGACUCUUUCGGAUGCAGUCGAGGCACGGAGGCUUGCCUGGAUGAAAACCUGCAAGCCUUGGUCGAGAAUUGUGGCGGAGAGCCGAGGUAAAGAUUUACGUAAAAAAAGACCACGAAAGAACUCUGCAGCAAAACAUCUCACCCCACUGUCUGUGGAGCAGAUACUAAAAGGGGGCUUGAGAUCUUCAAUUCACCAGGUCACAACAGUUUGUUUGCAAGACCUGCCUGGCUGCAAUCUGAGCACGCUGGCUCAGUGUCCCAAUCUGCAGUCUUUGAGGCUCAAUCGCUGUGGCCUGUUGGCUCUGGACGGGGUCAACAACUGCAAGGGACUCAGAGUUAUCGACACUCAGGACAACAGCAUUGAGACUGUGAACUGCCAAGACCUAGAAAACCUGGAAGUCCUUCUGCUGUCUCACAACCAUCUCACCUCGAUUCACGGUUUAGAAGGAUGCACCAACCUUACAUUGUUGGAGCUCUCCCACAACAACAUCACAAGGAUAGGCGGUUUGGAGUGGCAGAAGAAGCUGCAGUGGCUGCAUGUGGACCAUAAUCAGCUGGUGAGCACAGCUGGGCUGAGCGAGCUUCCUCGGCUGCUGCACUUGAACUGCUCACACAACCAGCUCUCCUCGCUGGAGGGCAUACGGGACUGCGCAUUGCUCCGCACGGUGCACGCGCGGGGCAACAACCUCACCCAGAUCCCUCCACUACGGAACCAGGUGCUCUUGAGCGAACUGUACCUGGAUGACAACGGCAUCAGCUCCUUGCAGACACUGGGCUCCAGCUGGCUUCCUCACCUCCGCAUACUCUCCUUGUCCCAGAACGGGCUCUCGGAUUUGUGUCCAUUCAAUAUGUUUAUUUCCCUGGAGAAACUCUGCAUCAGUAACAACUGUGUAACUGAUCUUCCAGCUUUAUUGGAGUGUCUGGCCGGCUGCCUAAGCCUGCAUGAGAUAACUCUGGAUGGAAACCCCAUGCAAAACCACUCAGACUGGAGAAUGAGAAUAGAAAAGGUGAGCCCUGCUCUGCGCAUACUGGAUGGCCAGACGGUCAUAAGCGUGGACAAGAGGAGCCAAACUCCACCAGCUUUCUCCAGCCUCUGCCAGGCCCAACUGGAAGAGUUUCAGCACUUGUCCCAAGGGCACAUGACCACAGCACUCGCGCAACUAAAGACCAUGGAGCGGGCACCAAAUGUUGUGGAUGUAAUUUCCAAGCAGCUUUGGGAGGCGUCUAGGCUAGCAGAAGAGCAUCGCUAUGCUCAGGAAUACGGAGAGAUGGUCAGCCUUUCAAUAGAACCCACAGUCGACAAUGUUCAAACUGAAAAUCGCACCUCCAGUGCAAAGCUAUCGCCCGCACAGAGUCAGGAGACGAAUGGUGAGCCUUCCAGCAUUGCAGUGCUCACGCAGCAGCUUUCACCGAAUCUUGAAAACACGUGUCCACCGAAAACAGCAGGCGGUUCAAUCACCGAUGCCCGUCUGCGUGAAACCGGCCCAGGUUUCGCACGCGAUGAAGGUGAAAGCGGAGCUCAUUCCCCGGCCGCUGGGAGAAAUGCGGAUGGGUCAGGUUCACAGCGACGGGAAACGGAGUCCCAAAAGAGUCAACAGAGGGAGCUGUCGCUGCAAGUCGACGGAAGGCAGAGGCAGAGGACCGCAGGCGCUGUUGCUUAUGGCCAGCAGAGGGAAACAAGUGAAGAGGUUUGCGGGCCAGUUUCGAGGCAGCCGAAGGCUUCUGCCACCACUCGGGUGGCUGUGAAAGCCAGCCAUGUUGGCAACUUGCUGGGGAAGGCAAAACAAAGCACUUUGGCCGACUUCGCGGCCACGGCCGUGCAGGCGCACUGGCGGGGCUACCAUCUCCGCCGGGAGCUGCGGCGCCGGCAGGCGGCUGCCUCGCUCAUCCAGGCCUCGUGGAGGGCACGGAGGGUCAGGAGGGCCCUGGCUCAGUGCGCCCUGGCAGCCACGGUCACGGCCACUACACGAUCUCGGCCAGCCACCCUGACUCCCCCCGUGCGUACAUCCCAGCGGGAGGCGGCGGCAACAGCAGGGCAGAGGAGGCAACGUGGAGCCACUGUCAUACAGGCUCAGUGGAGAGGCUUCGCUCUGCGCAGAAAACUGCACCGAGAGCUCCAGGCGGUCAGGGAUGCCACGGUCCUCGACAGCGAUGAGUUUGCUGAAGUCGACAUCGAUAACUUCACGCUCCAAGAGCACGAGUUGGAUAAGGCCUGGCUUCCGGCAGAGACUCCCCCAAUCACUACGAGGAGCCAGCUUUUCCUGUCGAAGCCUCCAGGCAGUGCUGUAGCCAGGGAGGACAGCAGUGGCGUUGCUGUAGCCCGGCAGCCCAGACAAGCAUGGAGGGCUGAAAGGGAGAAUGAUUCGCAUCCCUCUGGAAUAACAGAGGCUUCUUCAAACAACAGUCAGCACCUGAGAGAAGGGAAACAAGAAAAGAUUAGAGAAGAAUGGGGCUUCCGAGAUCCACAGACUGCCUUGCUGAUGCUCAAGCGUGCUCAGAAAAUGAAGUCAAAAAAGGCUGUCGCCCAGAAACAAAUGGACCCGACGGUGAGGCUGGUGCACUUUAAGACGGAGAAGAGCAGGCAGCCACCCGUGCAGCCCACUCGACCCAUGCCUGCGGCCCGCCUCGGAUAUUUCAGCGCCCAAGAGGAGGAGCGUUUGUCGGGACGAGGCUCGCCGGUGGUGGAUGUGAACGAGCAGAAGAUUGAUCACGUGUACAAGUGGCUGCACACACAGGCAGGCGACCGUGGGGUGACCAACACACACUCCGCAAAAGGGGAAUCGCGCUUUUUGCCCGACAUGGACGCGGACGUUCUGAGCGGCGGUCGUGUGCAGCUGGUGGCCAGCUCCAUUGGCCGUGAAGACAGGGACAUGGAGCUCCUGUCGGUGACGGGCAGCGGCAGCAGCAGCAAAGCGUACAGGGCCCCCUCUGCUCACAGCCACUCGCAGUCCCGCGCCGGCCGGACGCGGGGCUUCCGCCAAAGCAGCUUCUCCACGCGACGCAACCUCUCGGCCGACGCCACACGCGACAAGGCUUGGCCCGGGGUGCCGGCUCAGGGCCCCAUGCCGGUCCCAGCCCCGGGCGGUUCAGCCCCAGCGUCUCGCCCGAGACAGCGCAUCUCGUUCCGCGAUGCGCCCGUGCAACUCAGCGGGGGUUGGGGGGGAGGCCGCAAGCACGGCAAGCCCGUGUAGCCUCCCCAAGGCAAACCCUUUGCGAGCCGUCCUGCACACACUACACGCCUAUCGUUGGUUGGAGGGGGCGCGUUCACUGCAGCGACUUCGCCAUCAAUCAGUCUUUAUUUUACGUGCCAAUAUAGCCCUCAAUAAAGUAGGCAUCGGUGUAGAACGAGAACGGUACGGGGGGGGGGGGGGGGGGCACGGAGCAACGGGAAUGAAAAAAGUUAAAUGCAACCGUGCGAAACAAAUAGCACAAGAAAGAUUAUUUGACGAUACUAAAUAAAUAAUAAGUAACGUAAGGUUUUUAUUUUAUUUUACAUUUUACACGUAAAGAGAAGGCAAGUCUGAGUAGAGGCAUCCUGCACAGACCACGGAAUUGAGAGACACCCGGCGCAUUUCGGAUGUCCUGUGGCAGGGAAGCAGGGUGUUCCAGAGUUUUGGGGUUGCGCUCGAGAAGGCAAAUCCCCCCAAAAGGCUCGUCCUCCAGAGGUUCAGUAGAUUAGAGAGGUGCCCAGGUGGAUCAAGGGGGGAGGGGGGGGGACAGGGGACUGAUACCGUUUGAGAGCACUUGAACCAGCACCGCUGAGAUCAUGGGUUUAAAACGUGGGUGCCAGCCACAUGCGUCUACACUGCGCUGGGUUUUCAAGGCGUAGCCAGUCCAUGGUUUCAACCACCUUCAUGAAUAAUGUCAUUAAAAUGUAACAUUAAAGAAUAACAAAUAUGUUACAACAACAAAAAUAUUAAACAUUAAAUUUGGGGGGGG